AGUCGCCAGUUGGCUGCGGCACUCGCGUCACCUCGGUCGCCACAAUACAUGUAUUUUCCGUUUACACGACGACCUACACAGGGUCAGCUGUCGAGCGCGGAUAUCUUUAUAUUUUUCCAGAAUAGUAGUCAAUAUUGACUAAAGUUUUCACAUUGAGAACGUGCAAUGACAUUGCAGUGUAGUACAGCUAAAUAUAAAGUGCAGUGAAGGAUUGUUCAAAUAUUCUCAUUUGAUUUUAUGAUUCAAUCUCAGUUUAGGACAACACGACAGUAAUCGUGGAGAACGGCGAAGAAAUUAUCAAAGUUAAUAGUACAAUGCAGGUGCCCAAUGGAAUUAGUCAUGCGAAACAUUUGAACGGGCCGGAUCAGGUUGUACCAGCCGACAGUUUCAUUUGUUGUGAACCUGGGGGACAUGUGAAACUGCACGUGCAGGCCCGAGGAGUGGCUUCCGAACCCCCGAUCUCAGUGCCCGGCCUACUCAACCGGACCGUAGCGAGGUACCCCGACUCUACAGCGCUCGCUACGAAAAAAGCAGAUGGAAAAUGGCACAAAAUCACUUACAAGCAAUAUCAGGAGCGCGUGCGCACUGUGGCGAAAGCUUUCAUAAAGCUAGGCCUAGAGCGAUACCACUCUGUGUGCAUUCUCGGCUUCAACUCGGAACAAUGGUUCGUCGCCGACUUAGCAGCCAUACACGCUGGUGGUUACGCAGCGGGUAUCUACACAACAAACUCGGCGGACGCGUGCUACCACUGUCUCCUGUCGUCUCGUGCCAACAUCUGCGCCGUGCAGGACAAGAAGCAGCUCGACAAGAUCCUGUCCGUCCGACACAAACUGCCGCACUUGAAGGCUCUCAUACAAUGGGAGGGUAAAGUCGACACCUCCGUGCCUGGCGUUUACAGUUGGGAGCAAGUUAUGGAAAUGGGUGCCAAAGAGCCCAAUACACAACUAGACAAUGUUUUGAAAUCCAUUGCUGUUAAUGAAUGCUGCACAUUAGUGUACACGUCAGGAACAGUGGGUCCCCCGAAGGCUGUGAUGUUGUCCCAUGACAACCUAACAUGGGAUGCGUACUCCAUCACCGAAAGAGUGGGAGAUCUGCAGCCAACCUAUGACCGUAUCAUCUCCUUCUUACCUCUGAGUCACGUCGCUGCACAGGUGGUAGACAUCUACACAACAUUGUCGAAUGCGAUCCCUGUGUUCUUCGCGCAACCGGACGCGCUCAAAGGCAGCUUGGUAGAAACACUCAAGGAAGUUCGACCGACAAGGUUCUUGGCCGUACCUCGAGUAUGGGAGAAAAUGUAUGAAAAGAUUAUGGCUGUUGGCGCUUCAAGCGGUUAUAUAAAGAAGCAGAUCGCUAUGUGUGCUAAGGACAAGGGUCUUAAGUACCAUCUUGCCAGGAUUAAUGGUGCCCUAUCGAGCAGUAUGUACGCUCUGCCUAUAGACUUCACCAUCCUUGAAAUGAUAAAAUUUUGGGUGGACGGAUCGUCAUUCGGAUAUAAGAUGGCGAAGUCAUUGGUGUUCAACAAGGUUCACGAGUCUCUCGGUUUGGACCACUGCACGACGUUCGUGACCGCAGCGGCGCCACUGUCGCCUGAUAUCAAGAAGUUCUUCCUCUCUCUCGAUCUACCCAUUGUUGAUGCCUUCGGAAUGAGUGAAGCUUCUGGAGCUCACACGCUUAGCAUAUAUCCUAAAUUUUCACUAGAUUCAGCUGGUGCACUCCUGGAUGGUACAGAAACCAUGUUCGGAGGAUCGACCAGUCCGAACGGCCCUGGUGAGAUCAUGAUGCGCGGUCGCCACGUGUUCAUGGGUUACCUGAGUGACGAGGCGAAGACUAAAGAAGCCAUCGACGCCGAGGGUUGGCUACAUUCUGGAGAUAUUGGCAGGGUCGACAGCAACGGCCUCCUUUACAUUACUGGAAGAAUAAAGGAACUGUUGAUCACGGCGGGCGGUGAGAAUGUGGCGCCUGUGUUGAUUGAGCAGGCGGUACAAGCCGAGUUACUGCACAUCGGCUACGCUGUGCUCAUCGGAGACCGACGCAAGUUCCUCUCUUUACUAGUUACUCUAAAGGCUAAAGUGAACUCUGAGACCAGUGAAGCUCUCGAUGACUUAGACAAUGAAACAAGGAAAUGGGUCGCCAGCCUCGGCAGCAAAGCUACUAAGAUUAGUGAAAUUGUUAAGACUAAGGAUCCUGCCGUCCACAAAGCUAUUGAAGAAGGUAUAACUCGUGCCAACAAGAAUGCUAUUUCCAACGCACAGAAGAUCCAGAAAUUCGCCAUCCUUCCCGCUGAUUUCUCAGUACACAGUGGAGAAUUAGGACCAACGCUGAAAGUGAAGAGAAACGUAGUCUACGAGAAGUACAAAGACAUCAUAGAAAACUUUUAUAAGGAAUAAAUAGUAGGAUUAGUGUUUAAGGCGAGGGACAACGUAAUAAAUAAUUGUUAACUUAAUUCGUUAUUGCUCAACUAGGGACUAGCGCAUCGGAAUCAAUGUGAUUGAUAGUACUUUACGUAAAGGUGUAAAUAGGUUAUAUUUUUGUUACAAAAAAUAUAUUUUAUAAAAUCUAAA